AUGAUGUUGCUCUACCUUGUGGUCCAGGCGGUAGAUGAGCGGAUAACCUUUGCCGCAUUUCAAGAUUGGUUCAUGCAAACGUGCAUACGGUAUCGAAGACACGUCCACUUCCCAAAUGGUGUCGCCGCGAUCAAUAGUACCGUCACUGUUCACGCCCAAAUUCAUCCGGGAGCGAAGCGAUGGCGCAUCAGUCUGGUAACCGACAACCUAUGGCGCGUCGUGAUCGCCCUGGACGCCGUUGUCGAGCAGAAUCUGCACUACUACGCUUCUUCGCUGGAUAAUCCGCGCACCGCGGCUCCCAAGUGGCUCCUCGGCUCGCCGGUCUUCGAUGGAACGCCGUAUGGCAAAGGAAAGUGGCUGGACGUGACGAUGAGGAUCGUUAGUGAUCGUCUGAUCCGGGUGUCGUUCGGAAAAGGGUCUGGUGUCCGGGAGCACCUCUACCGACUUCCAGACACAUUUCCGGGCCGUGCAACGCAGAGUCAUACUGUCAUUGUAUCCGGCGACCUGAGCUCGAUCAAAAUCGGUGGGACGGCGAUCGGGAGUAACAACCAAUACGGAAGCGCUCGAGAUUUGAACGAGAAUACGGCCGUCGAUGAAAAAGUGUCUUUCAAGAAGUUUCAAGAAUCGCACGUCCAUUUCGCCCGGAAUGCCCAGAAUGGCAGCACGUUGCAGGUGCACGCCCAGAUUCUACGUGGUGCGAAGCGCUGGCGGAUCAGUUUGCUGCACAGCAGUCAGAUGAGCGUGGGGAUUGCGCUCGACGUUAUCGUCGACAAAAAUCUACACUAUUACGCUUCGUCAAUUAAUGACACAAAGAUCUCGCAACCAAACUGGGUGCUCGGCUCGCCCGUGUUCGACCGGGCCCCCUUUGGUCCGGGACAAUGGCUCGAUGUGACGAUGCAAGUAAUCGGCUUCCGGCAAAUCAAGGUGAUGUUCGGGAAAGGUUCCGGCGUGCGCGACUACGUCUUCACCAUGCCCGCCGAGCUGCCCACCCGGAAUACAAGGGACCUGAAUAUGGCUGUGGUUUCCGGCGAUCUGCGCUCCAUCAAAAUCACUGGCACCGCACUUGCCGGCAGUAAUCAAUAUUCACAAGCCGCCGAUCUCGUCGAAAACACGGCCAUCCACGUCGAGAAGGGCGACAAGCCAAUCGUCCAGCUGUCGAUGGCUGAUUAUCGGGAGAGGAUUCGGGCAUUGAUGGCUAGGAUGGAUCGAGAACAGGAAGAGGAGAGACCGCCUGUCUAUCGGGGAGUAGAUGAUAACUAC